UCCACCUUCACUGAUGGCUUACAAGCUGUGCUGAAAUCCAACGCUUGCUAUGAGCUGAGGAAGCCGAGCCGCAGGCUGGUUUGGCAGCAGGGAGGGCUCUGGAGCCUGAGCGCGAGUGCUGUCAGUGGGCUAUACAAUGACCUGCCCAGUUGCUCACGGGUUAAUGUUUCUCUGUUGUAGUUUGUUUCCCCUUGCCAAAGUGGGUGUUGCUGGAAUGUCUCCUCAUAGGGAGGGGGGCUGAGCCAUGUCCUCUGCAGAGGGGGGGUGUCAGCAUCAAAAAGACACAAAAGGGGGAGGUUUCCAAAAAUAAAACCCUCCAUCCCCUCCAGACUCUUGCCAGUACCAGAGGCAGACACGAAGGUGCUUGAAGCUGUCUACUGAGAGCUCAAGCUCUGACAGCCAGGAGAGCGGGGACAGGCAGGGGGAGAGGAGAGACUGGGGUAGGGAGGGACAGCUGCAGCUGCUCUGUGCAGCCCACGCUGUCGGGCUCGCUGUGCUACCUUCGCCUCAGGCUCUCAUGCUCCUGCAAGCGGCAGGUACUGAUUAAGCCGCCUGUGACAUGGAGAAGCAAAGGACUGGUUCAGAGGGGCUUCCUUAAGAAGCUUUGUCUAGUCCCCUCUCUCCCAACCUCUGGCUGGACAUUUGGCUUCAUGGAGCUGCCAGCCCCACACUGAGAGCUCACUGCUCCUGCCAGAACUAGCCUUUCCCCCUGGCCCUGGGCAGGCACCAUGAGAGGAUCCUGGGGGAGUUUCCUCCCUUUCACGAUAGCCCUCUUCCUAGGACUUGGUGAUUCUCAGAGAGACUUUGCUGGAAGAUUUGAUGCAAGCUCUUCAUUCCGAAGUGAAUCUGGGAGCAGGGGCGUGCUCCAGCCGAGACUCCGGAGCCAGGGCAGGGCAUACAACCUGUUCUGGGUGCACAGCCCUCCUCCUGCCCUGGAACACCGUCCUGCAACCCCUCGCACGGAUCAUGUCUCCGCAGCCUGGAUGAGGAGUCUGGCAGGAGUGGAUAACAGAAAUCAGCCUUCUCUGCCUUCCGCUCACAAACUCUCUGCUCCCCAGAGUGCCAGAGCCCAAACUGCAGGCUCUCCCAGUGGGAGCCUAGUUCAGACGCCUGGGCGGAAGCAGAGGAUGGAUUCCUCGCACCAGCGGGUCGGGAAUGGGCUCAAAGCUCAUACCAUGUCCCUGGCAAAAGAGCCAACUGGCAGAGGGCGGAUGACAGGGCCGAAUGUCUGCAGGGGACAGUGCUGCUCGGGCUGGACAGUGGCUCUUGGAACAAACCGGUGCAUCAAACCUGUCUGUGACCCUCCCUGCCAGAACAAGGGAUCCUGUAAUCGGCCCCAGGUCUGUAUCUGUCGCUCGGGCUUUCGGGGAUCCAGAUGUGAAGAAAUUGCUCCAGAACAGGAAUACCAUCCUCCCAGCUUUGUAACCGCUCACCAGCCCCCAACAGGCUCUCUUCUGAGAAGUAGCAGUGCAGAAGCAGAAGUUUUAUCAAGAAGGGCCCAGCCAUCCAUCCUACAACAACCACCUACUGGGACUCGGGACAGAAUGGGUUCCCCUGUCUCCUCCCAGCACACGGGGUCUUCACGCACUGUCCGGCGCUACCCGGUUGUCAACACUCAGCUAACAUCCAAUGUUCUGCCCAGUGGGAAUGGACAUGCACAGAGAAACUCUGGACUGCAUGCAGCCUCUCAAGAGCAUGCAAUACCUCCAUGGGGAGCCAACUUGACGGAGAAGAUCCGGAAGAUCAAGAUUGUCUUCACUCCCACGAUCUGCAAACAGACUUGCCAGAGUGGCCGCUGCUACAAUAGUUGUGAGAAAGGGCACACCACCACCCUGUACAGCCAAGGGGGACAUGACCAUGACCCCAAGUCUGGCUUCCGCAUCUACUUCUGCCAGAUCCCUUGCCUGAAUGGAGGGCGCUGUGUGGGCAGAGAUGAGUGCUGGUGCCCAUCUAACUCCACAGGAAAGUUUUGCCACCUGUCAGCUCCAAAACUGGAAAAAAAACAAAUGGGGAGAGUCCCAAAUACCCCAGCCAAUGGCUCCAUGAAGCAUUCCACCUAUACACUACCUCUAUCCAACCAGCUUGCUUCUCUAAACCCCUCCCUGGUGAAUGUCCACAUCAACCACCCUCCAGAGGCCACUGUGCAGAUCCACCAGGUGGCCAGAGUGCAGAGCGACUCCAAACAAUCGGAAGGGAACAGUGUUGAGGCUGUACCGAUGUCUCAGCUACCAACUGGGACACAAUACAGCUACAGCAAUGGCAACAGCAUCACCACAGAGAGUGGCCAGCAGCAGGGGCCCCAAGAGAUUAUGGGAAGGUGUUUUCAAGAGGCCAUAAAUGGACAGUGUGCUAACCCACUGCUGGGUUUGACCAAGUUUGAGGAUUGCUGUGGCAGCAUAGGGCUCUUUUGGGGAGUGAACAGAUGCAUCUCAUGCCCUCCUCGACCAGCUCAUCCAGUGAUUGAGUAUGGAUACCUGGAAUGUCCCCAAGGGUACAAGAAGCUGAAUCAGAGCCACUGUCAAGAUAUCAAUGAGUGUGUGAUGCCUGGUCUGUGUAAAGAAGCUGAGUGUGUGAACACCCGUGGGAGCUUCCGCUGCAGUUGCAGACCUGGCACCAUGCUGGAUCCUUCCCGCAGUCACUGUGUCUCGGACAAAGCAGUAUCCAUGGAGCAGGGGCUGUGCUAUCGCUCAGCAGCAGGAGGUGUCUGCACCCUACCACUCAUCCAGCACAUCACCAAACAGAUCUGCUGCUGUAGCCGUGUUGGCAAAGGAUGGGGAAGGAAUUGUGAGAGGUGCCCUCUGCCUGGCUCAGAAGCCUUCAGGGAGAUUUGCCCGGCAGGGCAUGGCUACACCUACUCCAGCUCUGAUAUCCGUCUGUCCAUGAGAAAGGCCGAGGCAGAAGAGCUGUCCUUCAGCUCUGAGGAGGAGGGGAAGAGCAGCAACAAGACAUCUGGCUGGACAGCAAGAACGCCACAGCUGCAGGAGAGUCCUAGGGGUGAAGGCACAGGUUCCUCUCCAGAUGUGCAGGGCACUGCUGAUGCCACCCCAGAGCCUAUGGUGUACACUGAGAUCGAUAGAUGUGCUGCUUUCCCCAGAACAUGUGGCCCAGGCAGCUGUGUAAACCUACCAGUCGGAUACACCUGCUUGUGUGACCCUGGCUACCAGCUACAUCCCAGCCACCCCUACUGCAUUGAUGAUGACGAGUGUUUGAGAGAUCCCUGUGCAGGGAAGGGUCAGUGCAUCAACAGCGUGGGCUCCUACUCCUGCCUCUGCUUCUCAGGCUAUACUUCACUUGCCUCCCAGGACAGACAGACUUGUCAGGAUGUUGAUGAAUGUGCUGACCCCAGAACCUGCCCCACCAGGAAGUGUGUCAACACACUAGGCUCCUAUGAGUGUCUCAGCUGUGCAGAUGGAUACCAGGCAGUGAAUGGGAGAUGCAUUGAUGAUGAUGAGUGCCUCUCCAAGAGGACCUGUGCUCAUGGACUGUGCAUCAACCUUGAUGGUUCCUUCAGGUGCUCUUGUUACCAUGGCUAUGAGGUGACAACUGAUGAGAAGAGCUGCCAAGAUAUUGAUGAGUGUACCUUGCCUACUGCUUGUCCCUUGGGAAUCUGCACCAACACAAAUGGCUCCUUCACCUGCCAAGCCUGUGAUGCUGGCUACACUCUCUCCUCCCACAGACGUGCCUGUGAAGACAUUAAUGAGUGUGAAGACCCCACAACCAGCUGCUUGGGAGGAGAGUGUCUGAACACUUUGGGCUCCUACACUUGCCUCUGCCAGGCUGGAUUUGAGCUUAUCAAUGACACCAUUUGUGAAGACAUGAAUGAAUGCCUGAGUAGCGGGAUCUGCAGCCCCUAUGGCCAGUGCCUGAACAGCCAUGGAUCUUACUUCUGUAUCUGUGAUCCUGGCUUCUCCAAUGAAGCUGGGGGAGUCAGCUGCCAAGAUGUGGAUGAAUGUGCAGACAAGUCCAGGUGCCUGCAAGGCCAGUGCCUGAACACAGAGGGCUCUUACAGAUGUUUGUGUGAAAGUGGUUUCAAGCACUCACAAGAAACUGAUGACUGCAUAGAUGUGAAUGAGUGUGAAGAGUAUGGGGAGUCCGUGUGUGGCACGUGGAGGUGCCAGAACACUCUGGGCUCAUACCGCUGCAUCAUGGGCUGCCAGCCUGGCUUCCACCGGACCCCGGAGGGCGACUGCAUUGACAUAGAUGAGUGUGCCAAUGAGACACUGUGUGGGAACCACGGCUUCUGCGAGAACUCAGAUGGCUCCUUCCGUUGCCUCUGUGACCAGGGCUAUGAGAAUUCGCCCUCGGGGCUCCUCUGUGUUGAUGUGAAUGAGUGUGAGCUGAUGGUAGCUGUGUGUGGGACUGCACUCUGUGAAAACGUGGAGGGAUCCUUUCUGUGCCUAUGUCCUAGCGACCAUGAAGAGUAUGACACGGAGGCAGGGCACUGCCAGCCACGGGCAGACAUGGGGGACCCAGAGAUGCCCAUGGCAGCACUCAGCAGCAGCCUGGAACGCAAGGAGUGUUACUACCACAUCAGCGAUGUUCAACUGUGUGACAGCGUCCUGGCCAAGAACACCACCAAGGAGGAGUGCUGCUGCUCUCUGGGGGCAGCCUGGGGUGACAACUGUGAGACCCUCCCCUGCCCCAUACCAGGCACAGUGGAGUACCGAGAGAUCUGCCCUGCUGGGAAGGGCUAUAUCCCUGAAGGAAGAGCUCUGCCAUUUGGACACGUGAGUUACACAGAUGCAGAUGAAUGUGAGAUGUUUGGCCCUGAGAUCUGCCGGAAUGGGCGCUGUAUGAACACGGUGCCUGGUUACAAGUGCUUCUGCAGCUUGGGCUACCUCUAUGACCCUGGCCGCCUUGAAUGUGUUGAUCAGGAUGAAUGUGAAAAUGAGAUAUCUUGUGUGAAUGGUGAAUGUCUGAACACGGACGGCUCCUACCACUGCUUCUGCAGCCACCCCCUUGUGCUGGAUAUAACUGGCAACCGCUGUGUCAACCUGUCCAGUGUGGCAGGAGAGCUGGAUGAAUUUGGAGUCCACUUGGAUAUCUGCUGGCAGAGCGUCUCUGGCUACAUGUGCAAUGAGCCACUGGAAGGGCGACACACCACCUACACUGAGUGCUGCUGUGGCUAUGGCGAGGCCUGGAGCCAGGACUGUGCACUGUGCCCUGACAGGGCCUCAGAGGACUUUGCUUUUCUGUGUCAUGGGGACAGGCAAGAAACUGAGAGUGAGGCAGGACUCCGAGAAAGACCCGGCUACGAGUAUGGACCAGGUGUAGAGGACCCUCAUUUUGGACUUUCUAGUCCGGACUUAGGGUCCUUUUACAAUUACAUUGGUUCUGAGUACAGAGCCCCUGACACUGGCCUCCCCCAAAGAGAGCCAAGCAGUGAUUUUCAGGACCGUGUACUUCAGCUCCAUCCAGAACAGCCCCCACCCCGCUACCUGCCUGGGGAAACAGAGUAUUAUAACAGCUUUGAAGGGCUCCGGGCAGAGGAGUGUGGGAUCCUGAAUGGCUGCGACAAUGGGCGCUGCGUGCGUGUGCGUGAGGGCUACACCUGCGACUGCUUUGACGGCUUCCACUUGGACAUGACUCACAUGGCUUGUGUGGACAUUAAUGAGUGUGAAGAGGUGAGUGGCACUGUGCCUCUGUGUGAGGGUGGCACCUGUGAGAACACAGAGGGCUCCUAUCGCUGCAGCUGCUCACCUGGCUACGUGGCACUGGCUGAGCCCCACCGCUGUGUGCCGGAGACAACCCAGAGCCCGGAGGCAGCACAGCUCUAGGGGAAGUGAGCGGGUGAGGGUGGCUCCUCAGGCACUCUGCUCUGGUACCCAGGAUGUAUUGAAACAGAGAAAGGCCCCUGGAACUGCAACAGCUUUGAGGCCCUUUGCUCAUCCCCCUAAAGUGCACAACUUUCUUGUCACCUCUCACCAGGCAGAGCUCCAAGCCUCUGCAGCCACAUCUGCCUGGCCUGCUCACCAUCACAGCACCAACCUGCAGGCCCCUCUCCCCUUGUCCCUCCCUUGUACUCUGGACCCACAGAUGACAAGACCCCAUCUCCUACUGUCCCUCUCCCUUGAAUAGGGCCCAUCAGCCUCACAGACCCCACCUUCCUGAACUGCACCCACCUGAGGCACUCCUCUCACACUCUUUGUCACCAUGGAUGCAAUGACUUAACAAGCACCAAAGGAGCCUGAAGCUGGUGAAGGGCAGCAUCUUCCUCUAGUUCCCCAGUUACCAUUGUACAUUGCUGAGAUGGUGGCAGCAUCCAGCCCUUCCUCCAGAAAAGGGGUUACUAACUCUCAGCACUGUCCUGUCCCAGGCUUGUGGGAAGCUCUCCCACCCACUUUCAGGGCCCUCCUCUUUGCAAAUGUUACUCUUCUCUGCCCUAUUUCCUUCACCUUGCACUCAACCUCUCUGAAAGGGACAGCUAGCCCAGAGCCUGGCUCCCAAAGGCCUGAAGUCUGGGGAGGGUCUGCCCCCAGGCUUUUAGAUUCUGCCUGCCCCCUGGAAAUGGCUUGGAGCCCAGUGAGUUGCAGAGGCCUGGGUCUACUCUCCCCACAUCCCUCCCAGGCACAUAACUUUUCCUCCUGCACUUUGGCCGGUGGCCUUGUGUUGGGUUGGGGAGGGCAGUUCCAGCUUUUUAGUUUUUGUAAGGUUGUCACUGGCUUUUUCCUAAUGAGUCUGCUGGGAAUAUCUGCCAUGUUGUUAAAUAAAACAUUUAUUUUGGACCCUGAGGCUGAUACCGGGGUUGGUUGGGACUGUUUCUGCCUGACCUGACUGCACACCUCUGGGCAGUGGGGUCAGGGAGUAGGAUUCUGUGUGUACAUCAUUGCAGCACACCCUUUCACUUCUUAGCAGUGCCUAGAGUUAUGUUGUUAGCCAUGUUAGGCUGAAGUCAAGUAGAAGGCAGGGUAGAUUUACAUUGUAUAGACCAGGGGUGUCCAACCUUUUUGAAUGUGAGGCCGCAUCACGAACUUUUUAAUCACCCACUGGGCUGGCGAGCCACAGUCAAAGACCUCACAGGAAGUGACAUCACAUCAGGAAGUGAUGUCACGUGACCUUUGACAUGCCUCCUUCUUGAACAGUCCCAAUCAGCUCCUCUGUGCAGGAGCUGGAGAAAUGGGCAAGCAAUCAACAGAAGUUAUUUCCCUUGCUAAAAUCUGUUAGAGGACUGUAGCUUCUCACUGGUUUCAGCUCCAGCUAAAAUUUUUCCACCACUAUCACAAGAAUUGGCAACUCUAAGUAUCUGAACCAAAAGAGAUGGUGGCAUUAAAAGGUAGGAAUGUACGUAAUGAAAAAGACAGGAUAAAAUGAAAAAGAAAGGAGAAAGAACUGAAAAUGCCUGAGUAUGUUGUCCCUGGGCCCACCCAAGGUACUUUUCUGAAAUUCAAUAGGAAUUAGUGUAUCAUUAAAAAAAAAAAAAUAAUAAUAAUCUAGGCUAUUUAUACAUAGGGUGACCAUAUAUCCUGGAUUGGCUGAGGCAGCCUAUAAAAUCUGGGACUGUCUCAGUGUCCCAGCCACUGGAGAAAAUUUAAGCAAUAGUACCAGAUUGGUGGGAAUCUGGGAGCUGGGAGGUUGGGGCUGUGUGCGCGCGCGUGUAUGCAUGCAUGUGUGCUUCCAAGCACACGUGUUGCAGCAAAGCCAAAGCAGGUAUUGGGGUGUCCUGGGAAGCACACACACAUAGCCCCAACCCGGCCCCCAGGUGCCCCCAGCUCCACACAGGAACUUACCUCAUGCCUCCAUCCACCCCGGCCCAGCCCUGCACAGGAACUUACCCUGUGCCUCCAUCUGCCCCGGCCCGGCCCCAAGGCGCCCCCAGCUCCGCACAGGAACUUACCUCGUGCCUCCGUCCACCAUGCAUGUGGGCAGGGCGCAGACCAUGCUGCAGCUCCCCCAGCCAUGUGCCAGGGGCAAGGGAUGAAGCCUAUCCCCAGCUCAUCCAAUCAGGCAUGGCUGGGGCAGCCCCAGUCCGCGCAGCCCUCGGGGCAG